GCGCCCGCCGAGUAUGCCUGUGCAGUCGUUGCGGUCCAGGCUCUCCGCCUCGCCAAUGACCGUCUCUCCAUGUUGCACGUCCUUCAGUUCGGCGCGUGGCUCCUCAAACUGCCAUCGCGGAUUCCGGUGUGGAAGCAGCAGCAGACGGAACCGGCCGCCUGCCCUCGUGCCGCGGGAUCGCGCUGCUCCUCACACGCCGCCUGCGCGGACAGCACCGACAACUUCGUGCGCGAGACGGAGAUGGAGUGCCGAGUGCUGUCCAUCCAGAGUCACGUAGUGAGGGGCUACGUGGGCAACAAAUCAGCCUCCUUUCCCCUGCAGGUGAUGGGCUUUGAAGUGGACUCUAUCAACUCAGUACAGUUCUCCAAUCAUACAGGUUAUGCGCACUGGAAGGGUCAGGUGCUGACAGCAGAUGAGCUCCAUGUACUGUAUGAGGGAAUCAAGCUCAACAACGUCAACCACUAUGACUACGUCCUCACAGGUUACACCAGAGACACGUCUUUCCUUGAGAUGGUGGUGGACAUUGUACAAGAGCUGAAGAGGGCAAAUCCUAAUCUUGUGUACGUGUGUGACCCUGUGCUGGGCGAUCAUGGUUCAAUGUAUGUGCCUCAGAAUCUGUAUCCCGUCUAUAAGGAUAAAGUUGUACCAGUAGCAGACAUCAUCACCCCUAACCAGUUUGAGGCAGAGCUCUUGACGGGGAAGAAUAUCAGCACAGAAAAAGAUGCAGUAGAGGUGAUGGAUCUACUCCAUAACAUGGGUCCAGACACAGUGGUCAUCACCAGCUCUGAUCUGCCCCCUCGCCUUGGAGACCGCUUCCUUGUGUCCCUCGGCAGCCAACGCAUUGUAAUGCCGGAUGGUACAAGCACAACCCAGCGGAUCCGAAUAGAGGUCCCCAAAGUGGACGCGGUGUUUGUGGGAACAGGUGACCUGUUUGCUGCCAUGCUGUUGGCCUGGACCCACCAUUACCCCACAGACCUGAAGACGGCAUGUGAGAAGACUUUCUCAGUCAUGCAUCACGUCAUUCAGAGGACCAUCUCCUAUGCCCAUGAGAUGGCAGGUCCUGGCAGAAGACCCAGCCCGGCUCAGCUGGAGUUACGAAUGGUUCAGAGUAAAGCGGACAUCGAGGAUCCAGCUAUCGUCAUGGAGGCCACCGUUCUAUAGAAACGCCACACACAUACACACAUGCACACACACACGCCCCUCCCCUCUGCCCUUCGCCACAAUCGCACAAUGUAUAGAUGUUGUACAUUUUUUUGGGAUCUGUAAUGUGACAUUGCCUUAGAAAUCUCGAAACAGAGCACAACAUUUCAUUGGGAGGGAGGAAUAGCAGGGUACAGCAGUAGAGCGAGAGAAGGACGAGAAGGGGAGAAUGCUGUGAUGAAAGAGAGGAAAGAGAGGUUAAAUAAAAAAACAUCUCUCUUUCUCUCUCUGGUACUUUUUCUCUUCCUCCACCUCUCCUUCUUUGCACUCAAACCCCUGUUUGUCCUGCACAUUGAACUCUAAGUCAAUGGAAUGGCCCAGGCAGAAGCAAUCAAAUGCCUGUUUAUUUAAAUCCAGAGAAACUGCCAAUGCUGAGACAGGAGCCGCUAAAAAAAGAAGUGAGGUCACUUAUUGGCAGAAACUUAAGCCAAUAGUGUAAGUGCUGAAGGUUAAUGUUCCAGUUAAAAAUGGAAUAAAGUAGCUGAAUCUUU